CAGUUCUCCGGUGGACUGGAACAGAGGCGGACGGAACCGUUUUUCACCGAAAUAAACCGAAAACCAACUCACCGAACUGGAAUAACUACUAUUCCCGUGUGUUUUUGGCUGGUUUUUUCGGUCUUUUAUUCUUGUUACGUUUAAGGGAAAGUACUGGAAGUCGGAUACGGAGGACGUGUCGGCAGAGGGGACUCUCCAUCAGCUUGUCCCCGGCUCUGGGCGCUCGGCUGGCGGCCAACAGGAGGCAGGAGAUGUGAAGCUGCCGAUGAGCGACCACCACGGCAAACACCCGCCAUGGCUGCCCAUCGGAUCAUCAGAGUGACCAACAACAACCACAUCCUCCCUCGCUGCAAGUCUGAAGGGACGCUCAUCGACCUCAGCGAAGGAGUCAACAGCGCCAGUCUCACCGAUGUCAAAGUGCCUUCUCCCAGUGCCUUGCGGCUGGAUACAUCCUCCUGCUUUGGAGCCGUGCAGGAAGUGGUUGCCAUAAAGGAUUAUUGUCCCAGUAGCUUUACCACGCUCAAAUUCUCCAAAGGUGAUCGCCUCUUUGUGCUGGAUACAUCAGGUGGAGAGUGGUGGUAUGCCCACAACAACACAGAAAUGGGCUACAUUCCAGCCGCCUACGUACAACCACUCAACUUCAGGAACUCAACGCUUAGUGACAGUGGGAUGAUUGACAGUAUAGGAGAGGGAUAUGAGGACGGGUCGAAGGAGUUUGGAGAUCUAGGAGAAUGGACAGGGAUGACCCUUAAACCCGCCACGAUAUACAACAACAGUCCAUUCUCCGUGAACCCUUUUAUCUGUCCAUUGGAUAGAAACCGCAAAGACAUGGGUGUAAGGAACUCUGCAGACCUAAUACUCUUCGAUGCACUGGCGUCUCCGUCCGCUGGCUCUGACUUUAGCAGCAGCGCCUUCAUGACAAAUGGACUCAGCAGCUGCCACAUAAAUAAUACCAUACCCACCAGCCCGACCCAAGAGGUUGUGCCUAACCUUCACAGGGAUAACCCGUUCUUCAGGAGUAAACGUUCCCACAGUCUGUCAGAGCUGUCCGUCCUGCAGGCCCAGUCUAAUCCAACCUUACCCUCUUCUGGCUUCUUCACAGGCCUUAAAGCUCCUUUACCAGAGCAGUUUCAGAGCAGAGAGGAUUUCAGGACGGCCUGGUUGAACCACAGGAAGUUAGCCAGGUCUUGUCAUGACCUUGACUCCCUGGGCCAGAGCCCUGGGUGGGGCCAGACUCAGCCAGUGGAGACAAACAUUGUGUGCAGGUUAGACUCCAAUGGGGGAGUUGUUCAGCUUCCAGAGACCCACAUUAAUAUUCACAUCCCUGAAGGCCAUGUCAGCCAAGGAGACCACCAGCAGAUUUCUAUGAAAGCCCUACUAGACCCUCCGUUGGAACUCAAUGGUGACCACUGCUCUACUGUCAGCCCUGUGGUGGAAAUCAAGCUUAGUAACAUGGAGACCAAGUCCUUCAUCACGCUGGAAAUAAAGGUGUUGGUUUCUGUAAAGAAGGAGAGUUGUCACAUUGCAGAGGUUCUUUGCGUCAGAAGUGAUUGCAAAGAAGGACCUUAUACACCAAUCCCUAACGCUUACAUUUACAAAGACACAGUCCAAGUGCAGUUGGAUAGUCUUGAACCUUGCAUGUACGUGGCCGUUGUGGUUCAGUCACCUUACAUUAGCCCCAAUACAACAGUCUGGGACUAUGUGCAGAGGAAAGUUACUCUGGGUGUCUAUGGACCUAAACACAUCCACCCUUCAUUCAAGGCAGUCAUAGCCAUGUUUGGACACGACUGUGCACCCAAGACUUUGUUGGUGAAUGAGGUAGGCCGACAAGCUAGCUCCACCCCACCUGUUGCUCUCCAGCUUUGGGGAAAGCACCAUUUUGUGCUUGGUUACCCUCAGGACCUCCGGGUUGGAUUGUACUCCAACAUGUCCAACUAUCAGGUGAAGGCAGCCGAGGGGGCAGGGAUUAUCCAGGGAUUUCAGGUCAAACUGGGGAAGGUCAGCAGGCUUCUGUAUAUGAUAACGUCACACAACCCCAGUAACAUCUCAGACUUUACUCUCAGGGUACAAGUCAAAGAUGCCCUUGACUGUAUCCUCACCCAGUUUUGUGUCCAGACUCCACAACCACCACCGAAGACCGGUGCAAGGAUAACAGGCCAGAGGAGGUUCUUGAAGAAGAAAGAAGUGGAUAAAAUUGUUCUCUCACCACUGGCUGUCACUUCCAAAUACCCCAAAUUUCAAGACCGGUGCAUCACAAACCUGAAAUUUGGCAAGUUGAUAAAAACUGUCAUCAGGCAACACAAGAGCACUUACCUUUUGGAAUACAAGAAAGGAGAUGUUAUUGCUUUACUUAGUGAGGAGAAAAUCAAACUACGAGGGCAGCUUCGGACCAAAGAGUGGUACAUUGGAUACUAUCAGGGGAAGAUGGGCCUCAUUCAUGCCAAGAAUGUUUUGGUUUUGGGUAAGGUCAAGCCCAUUUAUUGGUGUGGGCCGGACCUCACAACCACAAUGCUGCUGGAGCAGAUUUUGAAGCCUUGCAAAUUUCUUACGUACAUUUACGCAACUGUGAGGACCGUUUUAAUGGAGAAUGUGGGCAACUGGAGGGCGUUUGCUGAUGCCCUAGGGUACGGGAAUUUGCCACUGAAUUAUUUCUGUCGGACCGAGCUGGACAGUGAACCAGAGAAGGUGGCAUCGGUUUUGGAGAAGCUGAAAGAGGAGUGUACAAACAUGGAGAACAAGGAGAGGAAGUCCUUCCAGAGGGAACUCAUGAUGGCUUUGCUGAAGAUGGACUGCCAGGGUCUGGUUGCCAGGUUGGUUCUGGAUUUUGUCCUGCUGACCACGGCGGUGGAGGUGGCGUCCCGGUGGAGGGAGCUGGCGGAGAAACUGGCCCGUGUGUCCAGGCAGCAGAUGGAGGCCUACGAGGCGCCGCACCGCGACAAAAACGGCCUGUUGGACAACGAAUCCAUGUGGAAACCGGCUUAUGACUUCCUCCUGACGUGGGCGGCCCACAUCGGCGACAGCUACCGCGAUGUGAUCCAGGAGCUCCACACGGGUCUGGACAGGAUGAGGAACCCCAUCACCAAGAGGUGGAAGCACCUGACGGGGACGCUCAUCCUGGUCAACUGCCUGGACAUCCUCCGCAGCGCCGCCUUCUGCCCCACCGGCUACGGAGACUUCGCCGUCUGAACCGUCGACAUCGCCUGCUUCGGGUGGAAAAUGGAGCUCAGACGCCGUGGAAUCGUGUCAACGUCGGGGAACUCAAACUCAGGCGUUCGUCCUGGAUGUUAAAGAUAUCGGAUGUUUGGUUUUAAUGCAACGUUCAGGGGGAAUCUGUAAAUCCCAGCGUCUGGUUUUGAAGUCUUGGAUCAUCAAUACAGAGACAGGAAGUGGAAACAGCUGCUCAAUCAUAAACUGAAGCCUCUGUUUAUGACAUUUCAUGUCUUUCUUCUUCGGACACUCUCUACCUCUUACUACAUUCUACCCGUCCUGUUUCCUUUCCUUCAGUGUUCGUCGUGUUCCUCUACCUCACACUUUCCCUUUAUCACUUCCUGUUUUGCUUCUGGGUCUUUUUUUGGUUUCAUCAAAAUCCUUCAAAUUUAAUCUUUCAUUCAAUUUCAAUCUAAAUUCUACAAGAACAAUCAACAGAGUGUACUUUUGAUAAAAAUAAGGGUAGAUUUUUUUUACAAAUCCAAACAACUUGGAAGACAAUGGUAGGGAUAUUUGUAAUAAAUGAUUAUAUUAAGACAUAAAAUCCAAGUCUAUUGGGUACAUGAAUGGUGGAGUAGAGGAACUUAGACCCAGGGUUUCAAAGAAAACUGAGAUAUUUCAUCUUCAAAUGAGAAAGGAAAGAAAACACACCGUCUGAAUUUAUUCUUUGAUUCUUUGAUUUUCUACCUGUAGAAUAAACCAGACAUGGUAUUUGCUGAAAAU